AUGAAACAGUUGCCUGCAGCAACAGUUCGCCUACUUUCAAGCUCUCAAAUAAUCACUUCAGUGGUCAGUGUUGUAAAAGAGCUCAUUGAAAACUCCUUGGAUGCUGGUGCCACAAGCAUAGAUGUUAAACUGGAAAACUAUGGAUUUGAUAAAAUUGAGGUGCGAGACAAUGGUGAGGGUAUCAAGGCCAUAGAUGCACCUGUAAUGGCAGUGAAGUACUACACCUCAAAAAUAAGUAGUCAUGAAGAUCUUGAAAAUUUGACAACGUAUGGUUUUCGUGGAGAAGCCUUGGGGUCAAUUUGUUGUAUCGCCGAGGUUUCAAUUACAACAAAGACAGCUGCUGAUAACUUUAGCACCCAGUAUGUGUUAGAUGGUGGUGGUCACAUAAUUUCUCAGAAACCUUCACAUCUUGGUCAAGGUACCACUGUAACUGCUUUACGAUUAUUUAAGAAUCUACCUGUAAGAAAGCAAUUUUACUCAACUGCUAAAAAAUGUAAAGAUGAAAUAAAAAAGAUCCAAGAUCUCCUUAUAAGCUACGGUAUACUUAAACCUGAUGUAAGAAUUGUUUUUAUACAUAACAAGGCAAUUAUUUGGCAGAAAACUAGAGUAUCAGAUCAUAAAAUGGCUCUCAUGUCUGUUCUGGGGACUGCUGUUACGGGCAAUAUGGAAUCCUUUCAGUACCACUGUGAAGAAUCUCAGAUUUUCCUAAGUGGAUUUCUUCCAAAGCAUGAUGCAGACCACUCUUGCACAAGUCUUUCAACCCCAGAAAGGAGUUUCAUCUUUAUAAACAGUCGACCAGUACACCAAAAAGAUAUAUUGAAGCUAAUCCGACAUUAUUACAAUCUGAAAUGUCUAAAGGAAUCUACUCGUUUGUAUCCCAUUUUCUUUCUGAAAAUUGACGUUCCAACAGCUGAUGUAGAUGUGAAUUUAACGCCUGAUAAAAGUCAAGUAUUGUUACAGAAUAAGGAAUCUGUUUUAACCGCUCUUGAAAAUCUGAUGAUGACUCGUUAUGGAUCACUACCUAGUACAAAUUCUUACGAAAGUAAUAAAACAGAUGUUUCCUCAGCUGACAUGGUUGUUAGUAAAACAACAGAAACAGAUGUGCUUCUUACUGAGAUGGAAACAUCUGGAAAUAAUUAUCCAAAUGUUGAUACUUCAGCCAUUCCUUUCCAAAAUGAUGUGCGUAAUGAUAAAUUUGGGGAAAACACUAAUUAUUGUUUAAAUCAUCAGGUACAUAUUGGUGACCAUUAUGAUGAUCAUCUUAAUAGUGAAAAUUCUAGCAUUGAUAAGAAUGAUGGAAAUACAUUUAAAGAAAUCCCAAAGAAUAAUUCAUCAUGUGAGGACACCCAAGAGGAGUAUAGUCAAACUUGGUCUGUGGAUUCUGUUGAGCAAGCCCAAUCAGCUAAUGGCAGUAAAGGCCAUAGAGAUGAGAGUGGGAAAAAGGAAGAAGCAGCAGUUCCUGAGAAGUCUUUGGAAAUUUGUGUAGAUGACUGGAGUAAGGGAAAUAUGCUUAAUUCUAGAGGAGAAAACAUUGAACCUGUGAAAAUUUUAGUGCCUCAAAAAAGUUUAGUGAGUAAUGUAAGUAGUAAUAAUAGUAAUACAAGUCCUGAACAAAAGAAUCUCUGUGAAAGUUCCUGUAACAAAAAAUCAAAUGUGGUAGAUAACAAAUCUGGACAGCUUACAGCUUAUGAUUUAAUUAGCAAUCGAGUAAUCAAGAAGCCCAUGUCAGCAAGCGCCCUUUUUGUUCAAGAUUGUCGUGCCCAGAUUCUCACAGACAAUCCCAAGACCAGCUUGGAAGAUGCAGCAGUGCAAAGUGAAGAACUGUGGAAGACAUUGAGUGAAGAGGAAAAACUGAAAUAUGAAGAGAAAGCUACUAAAGACUUGGAAAGAUACAAUAAGCAAAUCAAGAGAGCCAUUGAACAGGAGUCACAAGUACUAAAAGAUGGCAAAAAAAAGAUGAAACCCACCAGUGUUUGGCAUUUGGCACAGAAGCACAAGUCGAAAACUUCACUAUCCAAUCAGCCAAAACUUGAUGAGCUCUUUCAGGCCCAAAUUGAAAAAAAAAAGAACCAAAACAUUAAAAUAGUUCAGAUCUCCUUCUCUAUGGAAAACUUAAAAAAGAAUUUUGAUACACAGAAGAAAUUUGACUCAGAAGAAAAGGACGAAUUUUGCUUGAUCCAUAACCUCAAGUUUCCUGACGCAUGGCUAAUUACAUCCAAAACAGAGAUAAUGUUGUUAAAUCCAUACAGAGUGGAAGAAGCUCUGCUAUUUAAAAGACUUCUUGAGAAUCACAAACUUCCUGCAGAGCCACUGGAAAAACCAAUUAUAUUAACAGAGAGUCUUUUUAAUGGAUCCCAUUAUUUAGAGAUUUUACAGAAAAUGACAGCAGAUGACCAGAGAUACAGUGGAUCAAUUUACCUGUCCGAUCCUCGUCUUACAGCAAAUGGUUUCAAGAUAAAAUUGACACCAGGAGUUUCCAUUGCUGAAAACUACUUGGAAAUAGAAGGAAUGGCUAAUUGCCUUCCAUUCUAUGGAGUGAUGGAUUUAAAAGAAAUCCUUAAUGCUAUAUUAAACAAAAAUGCAAAGGAAGUUUAUGAAUGUAGACCUCGCAAAGUGAUAAGUUAUUUAGAGGGAGAAGCAGUACGUCUGUCUAGACAAUUACCCAUGUACUUAUCAAAAGAGGACAUCCAAGAUAUUAUCUACAGAAUGAAGCACCAGUUUAGAAAUGAAAUUAAAGGGUGUGUUCAUGGUCGCCCAUUUUUUCAUCAUUUAACGCAUCUUCCAGAAGCUACAUAA